ACCCACGUUAGACAGUGCUUAACCAACUCGUGUGUGGAUCAGUCGUGUUUUCCGUUCUUCCUGGAGUGGUUUUUGGAGUAAAUUCUGCUACCUAUAGCAAAACCGUAGGAUACCUACUGAAGUGCGAUAUUGAAAAGUUACAAGUGUUGUGCUACAAAUUACCAAACAAUGGCUUCACCACUGAAUGUUCUUUCGCCAAAUGUUCACUACAGUGAUAAGCAUAUCGAAGUGGACUAUCAAUAUCAAACUACGUCGGUUCUCAGCGAUGGACCAGCUGGAUACACUGUACGCCCAGAAACCACCGAACUAAGCAUCCGAACGGAGCGUCAAGUACCUCGUUUGGGUCUUAUGCUCGUCGGAUGGGGCGGUAACAAUGGGUCCACCAUCACAGCUGCUAUGGAAGCAAACAAACGGGGAUUGGAAUGGAGAACCCGCACCGGAGUGCAGAAGGCCAACUGGUUCGGUUCGAUCACUCAAGCAUCGACCGUCCUGCUGGGAACGGAUGCCAACGGACAUGACGUUCACAUCCCCAUGAACAAGUUGGUCCCGAUGGUCAACCCAGACGAUAUCGUAGUAGAUGGGUGGGAUAUCAGUUCGUUGAACAUCGCUGAUGCUAUGACACGGGCCGGAGUAUUGGAAAUCGGGUUGCAAGAUCAGGUGCACAAGAAGUUGUCACAGAUGAAACCAAGGCCCUCGAUUUACGAUCCGGACUUUAUAGCAGCUAAUCAGGCCGACAGGGCUGACAAUACCAUCCCCGGAACCCGUUAUGAACAAUACCAGCAGAUUGUUAAGGAUAUCCGCGAGUUCAAGUUAUCGUCUGGCGUUGACAAGGUGGUAGUUUUGUGGACGGCCAAUACGGAGCGAUUCGCUGAUGUCGCAAAGGGAUUGAACACCACCAUGGCAGAGUUGGAGAAGUCACUGAAAGAGAACAAGUCGGAAAUCUCGCCGUCGACUAUCUUUGCGAUGGCUGCCAUCACCGAAGGUUGUAUCUAUAUUAAUGGAUCUCCUCAGAAUACGUUUGUACCUGGAGUUAUUGAACUAGCUGAGCAUCAUGGUGCAUUCAUCGCUGGCGAUGAUUUCAAGUCUGGUCAGACAAAGUUGAAGUCGGUGCUGGUCGACUUUCUAGUUUCUGCUGGCAUCAAGCCAGUGUCGAUUGUUAGUUAUAACCAUCUAGGAAAUAAUGACGGAAAGAAUCUUUCCGCUCCGCAGCAGUUCCGUUCGAAGGAGAUAUCCAAGAGUAACGUAGUUGAUGAUAUGGUUGCUUCAAAUAACAUCUUGUAUAAGCCCGAUGAGCAUCCGGAUCACUGUGUGGUCAUUAAAUACGUACCAUAUGUUGGUGACAGCAAGCGCGCCAUGGACGAAUACACCAGCCAAAUCAUGCUCGGUGGACACAACACCCUAAUCAUUCACAACACCUGCGAGGAUUCUCUGCUGGCAUCGCCGUUGAUUCUGGACUUGGCCAUUCUGGGUGAGCUUUGCUCGCGAAUUCAGAUUAAGAAGAAGAACGAACCCAACUCCGAGUACGUGCCCUUCCGAUCGGUUCUGUCACUUCUGAGCUACCUGUGUAAGGCGCCACUCGUUCCCAAAGGCACCCCGGUAAUUAAUUCGCUCUUCCGACAGCGCACGGCCAUCGAGAACAUUCUACGAGCUUGUGUCGGUUUGCCUCCUCUCAGCCAUAUGACCUUGGAGCACAGAUUCAACAUUGACGUUUCUUCCGCCGAACCCCCAGUAAAGAAAGGUAAAAUUUCCAACGAUAUCGCUAUCAAGACCGUCUCCAAUGGCGUUCAUACAAACGGUACCUGCACCAAUGGAAACAGUGUUCAUGACAUUGCUGACUACUAAAUCCUUAGGAAAGAUGUAAGGAAUUUGGGUCAAGUUUAAUUUGAUCUGAGUACAGCAAUUUUUGUCGAAUAUAUUUCCUUCGACGUAGGUUAAUCAUAAUCUGGAUAGUAUGGAUAUUUCCCAACCAAAACUGCAAAAUUAACUUCUAACUAUCCGUUCCCACAUAUACUGGUAUAGCAAACAAGGAACCCAAUCUCGAAUCGUAUAAGCGUGAUGAAAAUCCUUUUUAGAGAAACCUUUACUAUUCUCUUCAAACACAAGAAGUAGUUAUACUUUUCGACAUACCAAACGGAACGGAUACCCAAUUGGACUGAUUCAAUCGAACAGAAACGAAGUGUCAAGGUAUAUUGAUAGGAAAUUCGUUGCUUAAAUAUAUGUUUAUAAAAAUCACCACACAAAGCACAGAAAAGAGACACUGAAUUCAAAAGCUAUAAUUCUAGUUUUUAAUGAGAAAUGUUUAUUUCAUUUUUGGACUACCCUAUAGUGGUUUUGCAGAAGAGAGGUCACGAAGAAUAAGAUCAAAACUUGGAUCACACAAGCGGCAAGGUAGUGAUACAGAGAACAGCUUGAUGUGUAAUUUAGUGAAUAUAAUCAUUUCUAUACAGGUUGUAAGUAUAUGAGAAAAUAUAAAUGAUAAGUGUAAAA